AAUUUAUGAAAAGUAAUUGUGCCACUAACAAAAAUAUCGCUGCCGAAUGGUCCCUUGGUACUCUAUUAUUGGGACUAUUCCUCACAGUUCUGCUUAGAACGGAACAGUUUGCCAAAUCGUACAGUACAAAAUUUCAUCUCAUGUCCCCGGACAAAAGGGAUACCUAGAUGUUCGCGGUGCAUUGGCAGUCGUUCUUGAAUCUCUCGAGAGAGUCGGUUGUGAGUGGCGCGAUUACUUUCGCAUUCUGGACCGCUGCGGCUAAGUUUAGGUGAUCACGUCGCGCAAGUGCGCGUGCACGAUGGAAAACGGUGGCGCCCGUUAGACGUUCGCGUAGAAAAACACGAGCGGUACGUCGAAGUACGACAAAAAACUCGUCGCUGACCAUCUGUCUAUCUGACGUGAUCCGAAGAUAGCAAAUCGCUCGGACUUCAGCCUGGCCAAGACCGUGGAGGCCAGUCGCGUGACCAAGGAGAUCUUACCGCGUACCGGAAAGGAUCUGAGAAGACUAUCCAUGCCGUUGAUGUUCGCCAGCACUCGCGCCCGCAGCGAGGUCAAGGAGAUCCAGCGAGAGGCGAUGAGCGAUAUUAAACUGCAGGCGUUGAAAGACGUCCAGAUGAUGACCGAUGUGAGUGACGCGCUGAAACAUGGUAAAAGUCUGUGUGGAAAAUCUGCGAAAGCGAUAGAAUUCCAUCUGAGAGCAGAAGCGCUGAAGAAUCUGUCCAAGAGCCAGGAAUUGGCUGAUAUCCGGAAAUUCCAAAGGGAGACUGUGCAUUCUCUUUGGGAUGACAAGGCACACGGCAGAUUGAUGAACGAAAGGACUAAGGCUCUAAUCGAUGAGGAUAAACUGACGCAGCCACUUGACACACUCAGCAGGGAACUGCGCGGAUUCGAGCAGAAGUCCAGCAAUUAUUUUCUAGAUAAGAGGUAUCAAGAUCGGGCGAGACGGGAACUUUUUUACGGGUGUCGAGGAUGCGAGUAUUAUAAUCUUAAACAUAGUAAAUAAAUAAAGAUUAUGUUAUGAUUAAGUUAUCAAACUAUAGAGAAAGAUAUUUUGAUUUCUGAAAAGAUAGGAAUUCAUAAAAUCCAAAUAAAAAA